AUGCAUUUCCUGUUCCUUCUCUUGGUGACCUUGCUUCAAUCUCCUCCUACUAGAGCUGAGGAAAUUAUUGGAGGCCGGGAGACAAAACCCCAUUCCAGGCCAUACAUGGCAUUCCUGAAGUUUAGCAAUGAAAAUGGAAAAGGAGGGAGAUGUGGUGCUUUCCUGGUUCGAGAGGACUUUUUGCUGACAGCAGCUCAUUGCUGGGGAAGUUCAAUAAGCAUCAUUCUCGGGGCCCACAACAUCCAGAAGUCAGAAAAGACCCAGCAGCUGAUUCCUGUGGUCAGAGCUAUUCCUCAUGAAGAUUAUGACAGCAAGACCUACAACAAUGACAUUAUGCUGCUACAGCUGAAGAAGAAGGCUAAGCUGACCAGAGCUGUUGGGCUCUUGGCCUUGCCCAGGAGGAAGGACAGGCUGAGGCCUAGGAUGCAUUGUAUUGUGGCAGGCUGGGGGAAUACCCGCAAGGAGGGAUUCUCAGACAAACUGCAGGAGGUGGAACUGAAAGUGAGAGAGGAUCGUGAGUGCAUGGACAGAUACCCUCAAUACUACAAAAAUUCUACCCAAAUUUGUGCUGGAGAUCCUAAAAACCAAAAGGCUUCUUUUGGGGGAGACUCUGGAGGUCCUCUCGUGUGUGAUAGAGUGGCCCAGGGCAUUGUCUCCUAUGGACCUAAAGAUGGAAGCAACCCUCGGGUCUAUACUCGGAUCUCCAGCUUCUUACCAUGGAUCAAAAGAACAAUGAAAACUCCUGAGUACUAA